AAAAAUAACUUUACAACUACAAGCAAUUACUAUUGGAUAAAUAAAAGGUUUGAUAUGGCUGUGUUACACAUUUGUCAAAUGUUGAUAAGAAGGAGCAAAUGAUUGCAGAGAAGGAAGAAUCACAACAACUGUAAAGCCCGGGAAUCCAUGGCAUAAACGAAACGGACCUCAAACACACAAAUCAAAAUCACAGAAUUGGCUGCAAUGAGUCCGAAUCCAAUUUUUCAUUCCAUUCCAUCACGGUAAAAUUGACGCCACCAUCUCUGCUACCAAAUUGUCUCACUCAUAAAGGCUUUUCUCCGACCCAGUUGCCGGAAGUGGCGGUUCCCGGUGAAAUGGAGGUGGAGAGUGAAAAAUUAGGGUCUGUUGGGAAGGUUUGGAGUUUUUGUAGAAAGCCAUUUUGGCAAACAACUCACACUCCAUCUUCUUCUUCAUCUUCCACAUCUUACAACGUGCACAAUGUUCACCAGCAAAAUCAGAAUAAUCUUCAAUCUGUUGAUAGAUCCGGUCAGCAUUCUUCAACCACUGUCUCAUCUGUGGCAAAGUCUCUGCUCCCUACAAAGAGGAGACUCCGUCUUGAUCCUGCCAAUAAGCUUUACUUUCCAUAUGAACCUGGUAAGCAAGUUAGGAGUGCAAUCGCAAUCGAAAACACUUGCAAGUCUCAUGUAGCUUUCAAGUUUCAAACAACAGCACCCAAGAGUUGUUAUAUGCGUCCUCCAGGUGGUGUUCUUGCUCCUGGUGAAAGUAUAAUUGCCACCGUAUUCAAGUUUGUGGAGCCACCAGAGAGCAAUGAGAAACCAAUUGAACAGAAAAGCAAGGUUAAGUUUAAAAUCAUGAGCCUGAAAGUGCAAGGUGAAAUCGAUUAUGUACCUGAACUGUUUGAUGAGCAAAGAGAUCAAGUGGCAAUAGAGCAAAUUCUUCGGGUUAUUUUUGUGGACCUUGAACGGCCUAGUCCUGUACUGGAUAAGCUCAAACGAAUGUUGGCUGAAGCUGAUGCUGCACUUGAAGUGAGAAAGAAACCGCCGGAGGAGAAAGGUCCUCAAGUAGCCGGAGAAGGCCUUGUUAUAGAUGAAUGGAAAGAAAGAAGAGAAAGAUACUUGUUGGCCCAACAGCAGGUCCAAGGUGUUGAUUCAGUGUAAAGUGUUUCUCUCCUUCUUUCCUUGGGUCAAGCCCUUAAUGUUAUUUGAUUGUAUACUCUGAAAUUGAAUUCCAGACUCACUGAUCUGAUAUGUCAUACAUGGUUGAAGCGCCUAGAAAAUUGCUAUAAUACAAUAAUGAAAUCCUGUCUUUUUCUUUUUCAACAAUGUCUGUGAUGUUAUUAUGUACGAGUGAAUACUUAAUUUUACUUUUACAUCAUCAUCUAUAAUUUUAGCUCGUCGGUUUGAGAA